AUAAGCCAAGUGCCUCAACUCGACGGAAAUCCAGUCUGUUCAAACAAUGACCUCGCGGCUGAGAUAAUUGUGUACUAGACGUGUUUUUGUUGAAGUUUAAACCGCUGUAGAUUCGAUAAUGACCUAUCUAUACAACCGCACGUCGAAAACAAUGCUCUCGGUUUACAAACACAUCAUCGUUGGAGGUCGAACACUUCGCGUGUUUAUGAUCGCAUUAAGAAGUUGAUCUUAUUCAUGGAGUCUCUUUCAUAUCGGUCGGCAUUACUGCUGUGAAAGGACGAGUACGAUGCGGUUCGUUUGUCGCAUGUUUUUAAAUCAUGUGCAAAAGGACUGCCGAAAAUGUGCCGAAUUGUUUGACAGAGGCGCAUUACACGGCGGUUUUGUCACGAUUUCCUGAGGCCAAUUGUAUAUUUGAAUAAUAGUUUUUUUCUUGUGUAAUGCUCCCAGACGCGAUUUUGACAGGUCGAUGAUAAUGAGAAGCCCUUAGGCCAGGAAGUGUAGUGGCCUCGAGAGGGUUACACAAUUGACAAAAUAUUUUUCCCACGAAGAAGCCGCAAAGCGUUUAUGACAAGUGUGAUUAACACCACAAUAAUAUCGUCGCGGUUUUACUGAGAAUAGGGGUUAUCGGCAUAAGCACCUUUCUACGUGAGAACACAAUUGCGUGAGAAAGGUACUGUUUACUAAAUCGAUGAGCUGGUUCGUGCAAUUAAGGCCACGUGUAGAGGGGAACAAUUUAACGCGGCUAAAAAAUUCCAAGGAGCAAUUUCACUCGGCGUCAUUGUCCGUUUCCGAGUUUGAAUGUUAUCUCUUUAUCACUCUUGAAGUAGGCCAAGUGCUCCUCCAUGUUUCCUAUCAACUGUGCUUGGUCGAAGGCUCUCCUGUUUGUUGACAAAUGACGCAAAUCUUGUGAAACAUGUAAAUUGAGGUCUAUUAGCGAGUAAUUUUAACAGCAAGUAUAUUUUUAGCCCUCUUAAUACAAUGUUUGCGGAUGAACAAAAGCAAAUUUGCGGUAAGGUCAUUGUUGACCAAUUACUCUUUGUUGCUCAGAUAACUAAGUGACCUCGCUAAUGUUAAAACGUCGGCUUUUGAAAGAAUUGAAGUCUGUGUAUUUUUAGUCCUUGAAGUGUAGCCUUAAGUUCAUACGGUAAUAAGUUCAUUAGGGUGAAGUUGUAAACGAUUGAUUGUUAGGACGAAUGAACACAUGCUCAAUAUCAUGAACAUUCAAAUGUUGUCCACUAAAGAAUGCUUUGUAACAAAAAAAAUAAAACUGAAUAUUUUUAAGAAGAAUAACACAUAACAGAGAAGAUGUGGUCAACUUGCAAAUUCUAUUCUUAAGAAACCAGUUUUCAUGCUUGGCUUAUUUUUUAAACAAAUCCCAAAAAGGCAAUAAUUAAGUAGUCCUGCUGUGUUCCACAAUCAGCCAAACUUUAAAAUGAUAUGUUUUCAGUAAAAGUCACUUGGAGUUUUGUAUGGAGCUGUUGAGGGGUUUGCUGAUGACAUGACCUUCUGUUUGACAUAAAGAUGAUUAUUAUUAGAUUUUUGUAAAGGUCACUCAGGCUGUUAGAAAACUAACCCAGUUUUCUGUAGCUUAUGAUGUCUUUAUUAAAAAGUUCAGAUUCAUUUUUAGUAAUAACUAUUUUAGUGGAUAGGCAUUCAUGUGACCUGAAGGGAACAUGCAGUUCUGAUUUAAACAUUUUUAGUGCUUUAAAAUGAGUGUUUGGUCUUUUUAAGGUUUUCCUUAAUAAACCAUUCUAGUGGUUUGGUGUUAACCAUAAUUUUCUCAAAUUUGAGGUUAACCUUUGUGGUGUUUGCACUUCUGAUCAUACUACUAAUACCUAAAUAUUUGGUUGUUGUUAAUUAUUGAACAUUUGAUAAGGUAAAGCAUAGCGUUAAUUUUCAAGGCUAAGGCUUGAAAUUGAUUUUUUUGAUUCUUCAAACCAAUGCCAUGAUAAUUCUCUCCAUGUGAAAUCUGAUAGUUUUUUUUCCUAUGCUUGCCAAAACACUAUUAUGUGUUGUUGUGGCACCACUCAUAAGCAUGGAAAGCUCUUAUUUGUAGGUAUGAAAAAACAAAACGAGUUCUGAGUAGUAGUGGAUGUAUACUUAAAGCCAAUAAGAGUUGGAACCUGUAUCCCUAUGGGUACUUGAAAACCUUCUGCUACUACCCAUUAAAAAACUUCCUAAGGAAGCAUUAAUUUUUAUACUUGUGACGAUCAAGUGGAGAGGAUUUCCUGUUUUUGUUGUGUUUGUAGUUUGGAUGUUGAUUUUAAAAUUGCUAAGGUACCAAACAUGUUAGUUUUUGUUGUACCUGUGGUUUGUGGGUUGAUUUCUUCAUUGUUGAGGUACCAAACAUCUUACCAGUAAUUUGCAUAGGUCUGAUGGUCUCAAACCUGUCUUCUCUCUUUCCAGAAGUCAUGAAUAAAAUAUAACUUGUGAGUUCAGCUGUAAAUGUUUGAGACAGCCGAGCAAAAUAAUCUUGAGCAUGUGCAAAUGAUCUUAUUAAUGGCAGUGAAAAAGUGAGGAUGGUAAUAGGGUAACCUAAUGAAAGAAGGGUGGGAAAGUUGGGCUUAGUCUUUAAAAUGUUGCUAACCUUAGAAUACCGCCUUUGAUGUUAACAUGUUGCCAUCUAACCCAGGACAAAGAUCAUGUGUGUUAUAGGUGGCCUGGGUCAAACUUUGUUUUUAUUUAGAUUUGAACUUUAUUGCAUGGUAGUUAAAGAGAGCUUUACACUAAUCAGCUUUCACCUGUAGAAAUUGUGAGCUAGUGGGGAAUAUUCAAUUUUAAAGCCUUGUGUUGAAAGUGAUAAAAGUCUCUCAUUGAAAGUUGAUUGAAGUUGGGGAAGCACACUUGUCACAGGAGAAGAGAAACUUGUUUGUUCAUGAGUUUGCUCUGAAAAGUCAACAUCUAUACUGCAAAAAGUAUUUGCAGGAUAGUAAACACUAGCCUCCAUGUAGCAUGAAAAUUAUGCUAAUUGGUAUAUUUUUACUUGGAGAUAAUCUUUAUCUUGAGCUUGACACUCAGAACAGAUGAUGUUUGUGGACAAAUAUGCCACCAGAUGAAAGCUGUUGUUUAGGUAUGCCUUUGGGGACUCAAGAAAACCAGCAGCAGAGUCAGCUCUUCUUAUCGAAGAAAUCGUCCAUUCGCAGAUGGCUAGCCUGGUUGUACGGGCUGCAGAGGUCACAAACAUGCGAGGGGGAAGGUUUAUGAGUGUGGAAGACAUUAUCUUUUUAAUGAGGAAGGACAAAGAAAAACUCAAAAGGCUAAUCAGGUAUCUCAACUUCAAAGAUGUGAAAAACAAAACUCAGAAACAAACCUCUCAAGAUGACGAUGAAGUCUUAGAAGCUGCAGCAAGUGAAACUAAGGGUAGCAAAAAACGAAAGGUUUCUUAUGACUUUGUGAGCACAAUAGAUCAAACUGGUGAUCUUGUAGCUUUAUUUGAGGAGGAUGACAAUGAUGAGCUGAAACAGGAAAGGAAUGAGAGAGCUGAUCGUUUGUCAAGAACUCUUGACCCCCAACAAUAUUUGGAGUUUACUGAGUGUCGACAGGCUAACUUCAAUAAAAAAGCAGGAAAAUUCAAAGAGUGGCUGGACUGUGCAUCACUUAUUGAUAUGAAACCCAACACCCCAGUGAUGGAAGUAUUCAGCUUCCUUGCCUAUGAGACAGUGGGACAGAUAGUUGACUUGGCAUUACUAGUAAAGAAAGAUUUGGAGGCUUCUGAUGCAUUGACUCAAGCUAUGCCACCUGUCUCUAUCCUGUCAGAGAGCCAAUCAUCUGUUGUUACACCUGGAAGUGCAACAUCUACCCCCUCUACUCCAAACCACACUCCACCUGGAACCCCUACCACACCCACUACCCCUUUCCUUCCAAGUCCCACCCCAAGUGUGUCUAGCACUAGUGGAAUUUCAUCAGCUUCACAAAGUACAACAACUGUACCAGCAAAACCUAAGAGCAAAAAACGAAAAAUUAAAGGAUCAGCUGCAAGCCUUUUAUACAGUAGUGAUGAUUGUAUUCAACCUCAACACAUCAGAGAAGCCAUUAGAAGAUAUAAUCAUUUCAUUGGACCCAUGCCUCCUUUUUCUUCACAUGCAAGGCCAUCACCUGGCUAUAGAACAUUGUGCUGCUAGAUGGAAGAUCAUGAAUCAGCUGUAGCAUCUGAACCCAAAAGACUUUGUACGUACUGGAUGCAGUUUUUCAAACACUAACUUUCUCGACACACUGUACAGUUGUAAUGACAAUCACUUAUUUAAUUGAUAUUUUCAUUAAAGAAUAUAGCCAUCAAAUUUGUAUAUUAUGUGAGAGGUAUAUAAAUGUGUUUUGUUGCUCCAA